AUGAGCGAGUUCGAAGAAUCUGGCAUCGGAGAAGAGUGCGGAGUUUUCGGCUGUGUUGCAGCAGGAGAAUGGCCAACACAACUAGAAGUUGCCCAAGUGUUAACUUUGGGACUUGUCGCACUACAACAUAGGGGUCAGGAAAGUGCUGGAAUCGUCACAAGUAAUGGAGUCAACCCACCAACGUACAACACCCUCAAGGGGAUGGGGUUAGUGAACAAUGCCUUUCCACCUGAGGACCUUCUGAAGCUGCGCUAUGGUAACCUGGGCAUCGGGCACACACGCUACUCCACCACGGGCAUCUCUGAGCUGCAGAACUGCCAGCCCUUUGUAGUGGACACACUGCACGGCAAGAUAGCUGUGGCACACAACGGGGAGCUGGUCAAUGCAGCCGCACUGCGUAAAAAGGUGAUGCGUCACGGCGUGGGUCUCUCCACCAGCUCAGACAGUGAGCUCAUCACCCAGCUGCUGGCUCUGACUCCGCCCAUGGAGGAGCUUGAUGCCCCUGACUGGGUGGCCAGGAUAAAGAACCUGAUGCAUGAGACCCCUACAUCCUACUCACUGCUGGUGAUGUACACAGAUGUGAUCUAUGCUAUCCGUGACCCGUACGGAAACAGACCGCUCAGCAUCGGACGCCUCGUCCCCAUUUCUAAACUCCACACUGCAGGUGCUGGCGAGGGAGACACAGAGGGUUGGGUGGUGUCAUCAGAGUCCUGCAGCUUCCAGUCAAUCGGUGCCAAGUACCACAGAGAGGUGAUGCCUGGAGAGAUAGUCCAGAUCUCCAAACACGGUGUGAAGACCCUAAGCAUCGUCCCUCGCCCCGAGGGAGACCUCCCUGCCUUUUGCAUCUUUGAAUAUGUUUACUUUGCCAGACCAGACUCCAUAUUUGAAGGUCAGAUGGUGUACACAGUCAGGCAGCGCUGUGGACGGCAGCUAGCCAUUGAGGCCCCUACAGAGGCAGACGUGGUCAGCACUGUGCCUGAGUCUGCUACUCCUGCUGCACUGGGAUACGCGGAGCAGUCGGGACUGCCAUACGUAGAGGUUCUGUGUAAGAAUCGCUACGUUGGGAGGACAUUUAUUCAACCAAACACACGCCUCAGGCAGUUGGGGGUGGCCAAGAAGUUUGGUGCGCUGACAGACAACUUUGCAGGCAAGCGGGUGGUGCUUGUUGAUGAUUCCAUCGUCAGGGGCAACACCAUCGCCCCCAUAAUCAAGUUGUUGAAGGAAGCAGGAGCCACAGAGGUCCACAUCCGCGUUGCCUCCCCACCCAUCAGGUUCCCCUGCUACAUGGGCAUCAACAUCCCCACAAAAGAGGAGCUCAUUGCUAACAGGCCAGAGUUUAAGGACAUUGCUGGCUACAUUGGUGCCACCAGCGUGCAGUAUCUGUCAGUGGAGGGCCUGGUGUCGGCGGUGCAGGGGGGAAUCCCCUCCCUCCAGAAGGAUGAGCGGAUCAGCACCAACACCAAGGCCAGCAGGAGGGUGGGCCACUGCACUGCCUGCCUCACAGGCAAAUACCCUGUGGAACUGGAGUGGUGACCUCUGACCCCAACCUCAAACCACAACCACUAUCUUGACCACACUACUGCUGUUAUUGUACUUAACCUAAUGUCUAAAGUGUGAACCUUAACCAUACUCUAACCAAGGAAGUGCCUCUUGGUGCCUACUUGGUCACAGUAUGGGUGCCUAGGGCACGGCCUCACCUUGACAAGUAAACACAGAAUUGCUGUAGCUACUACAUUUUUCCUGAAAGCUGUUACGGUUUGAGUGGUGCCUGGCCUGCUUUGGUCUGAAACCGUUGGGCCUUGAUGCUUCCACUCUGGCAACACAAUAACCUUAUGCACGUCAAUGUAUUACAUUUCAACCCAGCCUUUUCAUUCCACAUAAUAUUCCAUUGUUAUUAAAAACUAGCAUUCUGACUCCUUUCUCUCAUUGGAGAGAUUAGUUACAAGUGGCCGUAUCAGCUGUAAGACGCACAACUUCAAACCAAAAACGUUAUGUGAAAACAACUUGCUUCCAUUUAAUUUAGCCUUAAACCUCUACUAAAUUGACCUGCAAAUGUAUUUUGCUUAUUUCCUGUAUACAAAGUGGUUGAAUCCUGUUUCCCUACUUUCAGACUAAUCACUGUCCCUCCUGUAAAGUGCAUACUACACUGAACAAAUAUAAAUGCAACAAUUUCAAGUAUUUUACUGAGUUAGAGUUCAUAAGGAAAUCUUCAAUUGGAAUAAAAUCAUUAGGCCCUAAUCUAUGGAUUUCACAUGACUGGGAAUACAGAUAUGCAUCUGUUAGUCACAGAUACCUAUCCUUUUGCAUAGAGUUGAUCAGGCUGUUGAUUGAGGCCUGGCGAAUGUUGUCCCACUCAUCAAUGACUGUGUAAAGUUGAUGGGUAUUGAGAGGAACACGCCGUCGUACACAUCGACCCAGAGCAUCCAAAACAUGCUCAAUGGAUGACUUGUCUGGUGAGUAUGCAGGCCAUGGAAUAAUGUAUAGGCCAUUUUCAGCUUCCAGGAAUUUUGUACAGAUCCUUGCGACAUGGGACUGUGCAUUAUCAUGCUGAAACGAGUUGUUGGCAGCGGAUGAAUGGCACCAACGGGCCUCAGGAUCUCAUUCAAAUUGCCAUCGAUAAAAUGCAAUCAUGUUCGUUUUCCGUAGCUUAUGCCUACCCAUACCAUAACCGCGACCAUGGGGCACUUUGUUCACAACGUUGACAUCCGCAAACCGUUCGCCCACACACCAUACACUGCCAUCGGCCGGGUACAAUUGAAACCAGGAUUCAUCUGUGAAGAGCACACUUCUCCAGCAUACCAGUGGCCAGUUACGAUGCCGAACUGCACUCACGUCAAGACCCUGGUGAGGACGCGCUUGCAGAUGAGCUUCCCUGAAAUGGUUUCUGACAGUUUGUGAGGACGUUUUUCAGUUGUGCAAACCCAGUUACAUCAGCUGUCCUGGUGGCUCAUUUCCGACCAUCCUGCUGGUGAAAAAGCCGGAUGUGGAGGUCUUGGGCUGGCAUGGUUACACGUGGUCUGCAGUUGGAUGUACUGCCAAAAUCUCUAAACUGCUGGAGGCAGCUUACGGUAGAGAAAUAACAUUCAAUUUCUGGGAUCUUUUAUUUCACCUCAUAAAACAUGGGAACAACACUUUACAUGUUGCAUUUAUAUUUUUGUUCCAUGUAGAUUGAAAGACUGAACAUUUAAUUUGUUAAUUGUGCUUUCAUUUUCCCCAUCGUGAUAAAACAAUUCAUGAAUAUGUAAGAAAACAAAAGCAAUUAAUAUAAAAUACUUUUGAAAA